CCGGAAGUGAGACAACAUGGGGCUGGAGAAGAAAUCUUCCGCCCGGGUGGAGGCCGGUCAGCGUCGGGUCCUGGAUGAAGCCACCAGACUGAGGAGACUGACCCGCCAGCUGGAAGCUCUGGAGAAGGACAACUUCCAGGACGACCCUCUGUCCUCCCUCCCUCCCCCAGGUCCUACUGCCCGCCUUCCCACCUUCAGUGAGACAGAAGAACCAGAGAAGAAGAGGAGGAAGACGAGGGGCGACCACUUCAAACAGCGCUUCAGGAAGAACUUCACCACGCUGCUGGAGGAGGAGAACCUGUCGGAGAGGGCGGAGCCUAACUACCUGUCUGCUGCGGCCCCGCCCUCCUCUCUGCCCCCCCGGCACUUCUGCUGCGUCUGUGGGUUCCCCUCUCACUACACCUGCACCACCUGCGGGGGGCGCUACUGCAGCAGCAAGUGUCUGUGUACACACAGGGAGACCAGGUGUUUGAAGUGGACGCUCUAACUCGAGGACACCUGGUCAAGCUCCAGCUGUUAGCAUAGCUUAGCAUAGACUGGAAAUGGAGGGAAACUGCUAGCGCUGUGUUCUGUUCAUUCUUUUCCUGUUCAGCAGCCAAUUAGAGGAGCCACAAUAUUGUUCUGUAAAUAUCAACAAGCGUUUAGUUCAAUGUUUUAUUAAAGAAAAAGAAACGUGAAA